AUGAGCACUCAAAACUCCUUUUUUGUGGAACAUAUUUUCUUUUUUGUAAAAUCAAAAUCUUUACACCAUGAGGAAGUUCAGUUCUUCUUUGGAUUGGCAACAGCACCAGCUCACGUGGAAGAUAGGCUUGAUGAUGCUUGGCUUCAAUUUGUCAAAGAAAAGCCUUGUGAAGAAUCCACAUCUACUGAGCAGCAACCAACUGAUGGUCUUUUAGCUUCAGUUGCUGGAGAUGGUGGCGUUCAACCAGUUUUAUCUUCAGAAGUUAAAGAAAGGCCUAAGAAAAAGAAAAAUCUCAAGGUAGCUAUGGAAGCAAUGAUAAGAGGAUUUGAGAAUUUCAUUGAAGAACCAGAUGAACAUCAAUCUUUGACUAGUGAGUUAACCCAUAAUGUGGCUGUUUGUUUAAUUCAAGGUUCCUUAUCUUAUUAUUGA